GCAGACACUGCGGUCCGCAGGACGUGGAGUUGAGCAGCGCUGCCAGAAAUGAAUACUGCGCGCACAACAAAUGUGAUGAGAUGGCCAACGGCCCACCGGAAGAGGCCCCUUGUGAUGCCCCGCCCCCUGUGACUGUCACACCAUCAGAUGUUGCGGACGACGACGCCGCCAGAACCUCGUCCCCUCUGCUGCCGACAGAUGAUAGUGUGUUCCAUGCAGACAAAGGAAGGAAGGACUCAGUGUGGUCUCUGGGAGAGGCCCCACCUCUGGAGGAGGUGGAGAAGGUGGAGAAGCAGCCGGAGACCAACUCCCAGCCCUCCACUCUGCUGAUAGAGAUGCCCCAGGGAGGAUCCAUCUCCGUGGGGGGAGACAUCACAUUCGUUGCCAAGGUAGAGGCCAAGGACCUCCUGCGCAAACCUACCAUCAAGUGGUUCAAAGGGAAGUGGAUGGAUCUGGCCAGCAAGACCGGCAAGCACCUGCAGCUGAAGGAGAGCUUCGAUCGGCAGAACAAGAUUCAUACGUUUGAGAUGCACAUCAUCAAGGCCAAGGAGAACUAUGCUGGGAAUUACAGGUGUGAGGUCACCUACAAGGACAAAUUCGACAGCUGCUCCUUCGACCUGGAGGUCAAAGAGGUCGCAGAUGCCUCGUCCACCGUCGAUAUCCGAUCGGCUUUUAAGAGGAGCAAUGAAGGACAAGAAGACGCAGGCGAGCUUGACUUUAGUGGUCUUCUUAAACGUAGGGAGCCGAAACAACAGGAGGAAGUCCCGGAGGUGGACGUUUGGGAGAUCCUGAAGAACGCCCGCCCAGACCAGUACGAGAAGAUCGCCUUCAUGUACGGCAUCACCGACCUCAGGGGGCUUCUGAAGAGGCUGAAGAAGACCAAGAAAGUCGAGAAGAAAAGUGAAGCUUUCGCCAAGAAGCUGGAACCGGCUUACCAGGCUGACAAAGGCGGAAAGAUCCGGAUGGUGGUGGACCUGGCUGACCCCACGGUGGAGCUGAAGUGGUACAAGAACGGCCAGGAGAUAAGGCCCUCGCCCAAUCAAAGGAAGUACAUUUUUGAGCACAAGGGCACCCAAAGGAUCAUGAUCAUCAACAACUGCAACAUGCAGGAUGAUGCUGCCUAUUCAGUCUCCGCCGGAGAUGAGAAGUGCUCAACGGAGCUGUUUGUGAAAGAGUUACCCGUGACAAUAACCAAACAGUUGGCAGACGUUCACACGACAGUGAGUGAGCGAAUUGAGUUGGAAUGUGAGGUGUCUGAAGUCGGAGCAAAAGUGAAAUGGAUGAAGAAUGGUGUGGAAGUUCCCACCGGAGUGCGGUCACGGUAUCGCGUAAAGAGCGAUGGGGCCAAGCACUGGCUGAUCAUCGAGGACGCCACAAAGGACGACACAGGAACGUACUCCAUCAUGGCCUCUGGGGGAACUUCCGAGGCCCGUAUUCAGGUUGACCUCCAGCCCCUGAAGAUUCACCAGGACCUCACUGACGUGACGGUUCGUCUGGGGCAACCCCUGAAGCUGCACUGCGAGAUCUCCCCGGGAAACGUCCCCGGCCGCUGGUACCGGAACGGCCAGCUGCUCCAAGCCCACGACCGCUUGAACAUCCAGCACAGGGCCAGGAACCACAGGCUAGAGAUUGAAGCCACCACCGUCCACGACGCUGGGGACUACACUUUCGUUCUGGAGGGCUAUAACGAAGGCCUCUCCUGCAAAGUCCAUGUCAUAGAUCCUCCAAAGGUGCACCUCGACGGCCUGAACUUACCCGACAACACCGUCACCAUCGUGGCGGGAAACAAACUUCGCGUGGAGGUCCCCAUCUCCGGAGAGCCGGCCCCCAGGGUGGUGUGGAUGAAGGGGGAGAGGGUGAUCUUGGACACCGGUAGCCGGGUGCGUGCCGAGACGUUUUCAGACUGCACCAGCCUCACCAUCGACGUGACGGAGCGAGAGGACACUGGGAACUACAACAUCGUCCUGCAGAACGAGGCGGGAGAGGACAAGGCCACCGUCAAAGUCAAGGUCGUGGACAUCCCCGACCCUCCUGAGCCUCCACUGAUAUCUGAGAUUGGAGGGGACUGGUGUUCUAUGACCUGGGAACCACCCCACUACGAUGGAGGCUCACCUAUCUUGGGGUACUUCAUUGAGAGGAAGAAGAAGCAGAGCUCCCGGUGGAUGAGGCUGAACUUUGACCUUUGCAAGGAGACCACCUUCGAGCCCAAGAAGAUGAUUGAGGGGGUUCCCUACGAGGUUCGAGUGUUCGCUGUGAACGCCAUCGGCCCGUCCCGGGCCAGCGAACCCUCCAAAUCGUUUAUACCCCUGGCGGUGACCAGCGAGCCCACCAUGCUGGUGGUGGAUGACGUCACCGAUGACACAGUGACGGUGAAAUGGCGGCCCCCAGACACCAUCGGCGCUGCCGGGCUGGACGGCUACACCGUGGAGUACUGCGUGGAAGGAACGGACGAAUGGAUUAUGUCUACCAAGGAGAUGAUCGACAAAACAAAGCACACCAUCACAGGGUUGACCCCGGGGAGCAGGAUCAAAGUGAGAGUGAAGGCCAUCAACGCCGCCGGGUCCAGCGAACCCAGGACCCUUCAGCAUCACGUCCUGGUCAAAGAGGUUGUAGAGGCUCCCAAGAUCCGUCUGCCGAGGCAUCUGAAGCAGACGUACACUCGCAAGGUCGGAGAGGUUGUGAAUCUCGUCGUACCCUUCCAGGGGAAACCACGGCCUAAAGUCAGCUGGCUGAAGGAUGGGAAGGAAGUGGAUCCCACACAGGUGAACAUCCGCAACACGGACUGCGACAGCAUCAUCUUCAUCCGUAAGGCCGAGAGGAAGCACUCCGGGAAAUAUGAGAUGACUGUGAAGGUGGAGAACUAUGUGGACACCGCCAUCUUGGACAUACAGAUUGUGGACCUCCCUGGACCCCCGAGCACUGUGAAGAUUGAGGACGUGUGGGGGGAGAACGUAUUACUGGAAUGGACCCCUCCAAAAGACAAUGGCAAUGCUGCAAUAACAGGAUACACCAUCCAGAAGGCUGACAAGAAGACUAUGGAGUGGUUUACGUAUUUGGAGCACUACCACCGCACCUGCAUCACGGUCACAGACCUGGUGGUGGGGAACGAGUACUUCUUCCGCGUGUUUUCCGAGAACAUGUGCGGCUUGAGCGAGAGCGCCACGCCAACCAAGAACAGUGCCCUCAUCCUCAAAGAGGGGCUCAAUCUGAAGAUUCCGGAAUACAGGGAUCACGAUUUCAACGAGGCGCCGCAUUUCACCCAGCCCCUGGUCAACACCUUCGCCGUGGCCGGAUACAACGCCACGCUCAACUGCAGCGUCCGCGCCAACCCGAGGCCCAAGGUGAUGUGGAUGAAGAACAAGGUGAUCAUCAUGGACGACCCGCGGUACCGCAUGUUCAGCAACCAGGGCGUGUGCUCGCUGGAGAUCCGCAAGCCCAACCCCUUCGACGGCGGGACCUACUGCUGCAGGGCCACCAACGACCUGGGCGAGGCGCAGGUGGAGUGCAAGCUGGAGGUCAAAGUCACCCUGGAAUGAAUGUUUGUUCUCAUCCCAAGGGACCCUCACCUUCUGUGACCUGCUGAAGAGAGGGGUGCCCUUAAAUCUGAUCGACAAGUGCAUGAGCGAAGCCCAAAGCCCUGAACCGGAGAGGAGAUGACCGCGCCCAGACCUAAACAUCCGCAGUUUAGGCAGAGGAGUUUUGGCUUGACACGCUAUCCCUGCUGAGAAUUCCGGCCUAAACUGGCCAAAGCUGGUUUGAGACGCUUUUUUCAACCUUUUUAGCUGGUUGCACAACAUCGUUGGCUAGUCCACCAGUUUGACCACCAGCUUACUCUACCAGCUUAACCAGCAACCAACCUGCUCCUGGAAGUGCUGAAAAAUACACCUCAAACCAUCUUCGACUCCCAGCUGGUCUUAGCUGGAGUUAUCAACAGGGAUGAUGGCUAGAAACCAUAGUUACCAAGGUGGAAUCCUUCCCUCAUUGGCUGUUACACCACCUGCAUAUUUGGAGUGAAGAUUUGAAGGGCGGUCCCCUAUGAAUUAGCUUUGUUCGUAGUGUGGCUUGAUGUUCAUAAUAGUAGGAAAUGCUCCCUUUCAUGGCCUAUUCAAGCUUUUCAAAGAUCGUCUGUGAAAAGGCAGGAGGGUAGCUAAAUGGUGCCGUUCGUAGGAAAACGAAGCCGCAAUUCGGCCCCAUAUCUUCAGCAUUUCAUUUCUGGUUCUCAUUUGAAUUGUGAUUUUUCAGUUAGUCUUCAGCUUUCUCUUACAAUUACAACAACAUUGUGAGUUUAUGCACAUCUAAAACGUGCAUUCAUAACUUUGAAGAAACGUAUGCUGCGAUUGUGCCAAUUUUAUUACUUUCUGCUGUUCUAAAUAACAUAGCCGUGAUGGUACUGAGGUUUGAACACUUAGGCAAGUAGAAAUGUUUCAUUUGAAUAAUUAAGACUUUAUUUUCUCCAGUUGCAUGACUUGUGUAUACAAGUUUCCCCAGUGCCUCCCCAUGUCCUCGAGUUAUUCUGUUGUGGAUGGGGUGGGUGGGUGCUGUAGUUCUUACGGUGCUGUAGGU